AUGAAGAUAGUAUUGAGCUGUGCGGAUGGUUCUGGAGAAGACUAUAAACUGCUACCCAGUGGUCCAGCUUCAUUGCCAGAUGAGCAGGUGCCUAUAUCACACAACGACGACAAUGUUUACUGGAAGGAGUUAUUGAUGAUUGUGUAUGUCUGGGUGGCUUUUCUUAUUGUUCAGAUUGUUAAGGUACCAUUUGCAGUCUCCGUUACGCUCUUUGAAGCCAAUUCUUAUGCAAAGGACCGGGUGAUUGCGUCCAAAGGAAAGGAAAUCACAAACUGGAAGUUGCAUCAGAUUUUUCCGUACUGCAGCUGUGGGAUAGUAGCUGUUAUGAUGGGUAGCCUACUGGGCUGGGAGGCGGUUUCUUCUUGGACCCCUUUUCUUGAAUUGGGAAUUCCUACCUUAGGUAUAGUUUCAACGCAAGAUAAAAGUCACGGUCUAUCUCUUUUGUCAGUCAGAAAUACUUGUCCAAAAAUCCUUGGCAAGGAAAAAAUCACGAAGAGGUGUGGAGUCUCAACAUUCCUCCUUGAUCAGUGGUUUGACGAAUUAAAGAAAUAUAUGCCAGCUAUUGGGCGGUCAGCCAUGCUCCAUGCUGGGCCUGAGCAUCAGGAUGUGCCUUCCGUCAUGUGUCGCCCGACUGGAUGGUUACAGUUCGACUUAGUAUUCUCUUCUUAG